CUCUCGUUUUGCAGUUUUUUAGAAGUCAUAUAUGAGAGGAUGUUUUUGCCACACGAAGAUGUUGAUGUGGUGCACGUGGUACAGGUUUCUCACCGCUGUCUCUUGAGAGCAGUGAAUGGAGGAUUCAGAGGAUUGAUGUCUCAAAACAACGUCAAACGGCUGCAGUCCCCGCGACGACAGGUGCCUUUGUAAACAAAAACACCGCAGCACACAUAUAAGACUGUCAAAAUGCACGAAAAUAUUUCCAGAAAGUGCGUUUUUCAGUGGCACAGAAAGACCAAUGGCCUUCAAAAAAUGGAAAAGAAGCGCGGCCUGGAUUACACAGACUUUGCUUAUCGAGAGGCUGUUUCUCGUUUGCGUUACCUCAUGGCGGAAUCAUAUCAUUCUCCCUACAGACAUUAUACUGCGAUUUAUGGAGAGGAACAGCGGGAUCCAGAGUCUAUGCUUGAACGCACCAGAUCUCUGCUCAGCCCUCACAGGCGACCACCUUACUACUCCUCGUUGCGCAGAGGCCUCUCCUUCAGGUCGCCGCCAAGGGUGAAAGUGGAUUCGGCUGCUGAGGACAACAACACCACCGCACCGAAUACCCCAAGGGCAGCUCCGAUGAGCGAACAGCAGCAGACAAACCCACCGGGUACAAAUUCCCUGCCGCCGGAAAUGGUGUUUUACAUUGACAAGCAGGAGGAAUAUAUUGAUCAGCUAGAAAAGGAAUCCCAGUAUUGCAGGGAGGAACUGGCGAAUCUUAUGGGGAAAAUGAAAGAAGUAAUGUCCGAGAACGAAAAUCUCUACGACAGACAAAAAUCUGGAAUUAUAAAAUCUUUGUUUGAUUGCAUUCAGUCAGAUCGUGAGGAAGAAGAGGACGAGGAAGGGGACACUGAGGCUUCAGAGCCCACACCACGGCGUAAGAAGGUGGAGAAAAAGUCAAGAAUGGAGGGACCGAAUAUUGUUUUUGAAUCACGCAUCAGUGAACUUGAAGCUCAACUGACUCACCUGAAAAUCGAAUUAAAAAAAUCUCAGGAAGAGGCGGCUAUUUACAAAGCCCGUUUGGCCAAUGAGGACUUUUCUGAUAGGCCUAAUAUUGAUUUGGAGCACCAUCAACGCCAAAUUGAAAAUCUACGCCGUGAGAAGGAAGAACUGGCAGAGACCGUUCAAAAGCUCCAAAAAACGUUAUCUGAUCUGAGAGAUCGUGAAUCCGAUGCUAGUCACAAGCUGAAGCGCAGCAAGGAAGCUGCGGAACAGGCUCACUUUGACAAAUCCCAGGUACAAUCUGAUCCAGUUUCUGAUAUGAGUGAAAUGGAAGUGCGGCGCCUGAAGGACGAGCUGGAUCGCUUGCAUCUCAAAUUAAGAGAGGCGAUUGCCGAGCAGGGCAGAAGAGCGUCCGAAGAAAGGAGCGCCGUGGAGCGAAGGUGCCAGUCUCAGGUCGAACAGCUCCAGGCAGAGCUCUCCUCUCAGUGGGAUACCACUAGCAGGUUGCAGCUUGAGGUUGAGAAGCUUCGUAGAGUUGACGCGGAACUUCGAAGAGAGUUAGCCAAUAAAAAUGCAACCUUAGAUGACUUGGCCAAGGAAACGCAGUCCAAGAUUGAUGUGUUGCAGGGAGAAUUGAGUUCGGCCCUUAUGCAGCACACAAGUUUAAGUCAAGAGCUUGCCUCUGCCCAGUUGGCAGCUGAGAGAGCUGAUAGGGAAGGGAAGCAGGACAGCAAGAGACUGGGCGCCGAAAUUUUAGCUUUGAGGGAGAGACUUGAAAGGGCGGACGCGGAAACCUUGCGGGCGCGGCAAGAGGCCCUGAGGCUCUCAGAGCAGCUUGCCGCUCUCGAUAGAGAGAUCGGCAUCAAAAUGUCUCUUUUUCGACUAAACAAAUCGCGGGUGGGGUUUCAGAUGACCCUUAACAAGACCAAAGAUAUUAUCGCUGCUUCCCCCAACCCUCGGGAUCAGGAUUUUUCUAACAUGAUCUCCAACAUGGAGACUAAACAUGUUGAAACCGUGUCAGAACUAGAAGGCAUGAUUCAGUCACAAAACCAAGUGAUGGCCAAACUGAAAGAUGAGUGCCACAAUCUCACACAAAGAUUGGAAGAAUCCUCCAUGCGGCACAAGCAGGAAAUGGUUGGGCUACAAAGUAAUAUAAAUUACCUCACAGAGAAGCUAGAGUCCUCCCUGGGGGCGCAGAAAGAUUAUGAGAUCCCUUCUUACACCUCCCGAGCCAGCACCGAGCAACCAACUCCAAUGGUCUCCAACUACGACCUGUCCCCUGCAGCUGUCGUUCAGCAGCUCCGAGAGGACUAUGAGCCCUCUCGGGUCCUCAGCGGAAGCAUCAGUGGUGACAGCUAUUCAUACCAGCCGACUGCAGCCGGAGGAAGCGGUCUUACUGAGGCUUUGUCAGGACGAGUGGAGGACCAGCUGGAGUCCAGUCCAGCCGUUUACGAGCAGCAGUACGAGGAGCCCCCUCGGCGCACCAGUUACGAGCCCCAGUACGAGCCUCCCGAGCCUGAGCAGUCAGCCAUACAACCGGAGCCCCCUGAACGACCCCCCAACAAAACUCUGAGUCGUGGCCCUAGCUAUGAAACGGUUCACGAGGCCCCCCGUUUAGUCAGCAGCAGGCCUCCUUCUGGGGGCUCAAGCAGGACUCCAUCGUCGCCAUCAGCAAGGGGUCGCGGGGUCAAACAACCAUGACCCGGGGUGGGCACUGCAAGGACGCGUCAGGGCAUUCGAUAGCACCCGUGAAGUCUUUGUAGGCACAAACUGAGCAGCCACUGAACGGAUUUGGCUUUUUGACGGUUUUUUGGGAGGGAAAAUGAUUUGUUUGGCAAACAGGAGGAAAGUAAAACAAAUUCAAAAAAAUAUAUUGAAUAUAAUGUUGAGCAAGCAAAAAUUUCAUCUCAAAUUUUUGAGAAUUUUAAUAUGGAAUUUUUAUUGUAAUUUUUUUUAUAGAUUUAAAAAAUCAUACUGCUGGUUGUCAGCUCAUAUAAUUGGCACAAAAUCAAUGCACUUAUUGCUAGUUGUUAACUCAGGUAGUUUAAUAGGUGUACAUUAAAUUAGAAAUUGCGUCUAUUUGAUUGAGAGAGGCAAAAAUUACUCCUCAUAUUUGUUGCCAUAUUUUUACCAAAAUUAUCUUGGAUCAAAAGAUUUUCGAAAACAAAAUUGUUUCAAAUUUGAGUAAAUAAACAAAAAUAUUUCAUGAAAUCUCUGCGCUGUAAGUUUGAGCCACACAAGUGAAUAAUACGAUUUAAAAUGAUUUUAUUGGCACGAUUAUCGCAUUGAGAAGAAAGAAUUGCGCAUGUUAUUCAGUCUGGUCUGGUAUGUAAUUCGAGCCAAG